GGUAAUUUUCUGUUAUGCUGGACCCCUUAUGCUUUGGUCUCAUGCAUCGCAACUUUUGGGGACCCUUACUCAAUGCCACUGCUCUUGGUUCACAUUCCCUCUAUGUUUGCUAAAUGCGCCGCGGUGAUGAAUCCUAUCAUCUAUGUGGGCCUGAACCAACAGUUUCGGGAUGCAUUCCUUGAGAUGUGUCCUUGCUGCAGUGGGAUUGUCGCCUGCUUCGCCAGCAAGUCCGAUGAUGACGAUGAUGAUGAUGACGCUGAUGCAGGGGAAGGCGCCGGAGGAUCGGGUUAG